AUGUCUGACCAGCGACGUGGUCGUCGCCCCGACACCCGCCGCGACUGGGACGCUCCCCCCGACCGACGCGACGACGCAGCGCCGACCCGCGGCGGCCGACGCAGCAACUACCGAUCUCGGUCGCGCGACCGCCGUCACCACGGCGACAACAGCAGAGGAGCAGCCGCGGCGAGCCACGAGGAUCGCUCCCGCUCGCCGGAGCGUCGCUCGAACCAGCAGCACCACAGCCAUCGCGGGUACAGCGAGCGAGGAGGUGGAGGCCGCGGCGGUGGACGAGGGGGUCGUGAUAGACGGGAUGGAGAUUACAAGCCCCGGCGGUACGACGAGCAUCGUCGUCGGCGAGAUUACUACGAUGACGGCGGAGACGACGACGAUGACCGUGACUACGACUUUGACCGCAGAGGAGCCCGUGACCGCCGCAGCCCGCCACGCCCGCGCGGCCGUUCCGAAGACCGCAUGGACACUGAUCCCAAACCCCCUACCACCUCCAAAAACACCAAACCCACCACAGCGGCGGCAGCAGCAGCAGUGCCCGUGACGGCAGAGGGCGGCGGCGGCGACGACGACGACGACGAAAUGUCAGCCAUGCAGGCCAUGAUGGGCUUUGGCGGCUUCGGCACCACCAAGAACAAGCACGUCGCCGGCAACAACGCCGGCGCCGUGCGCAAGGAGAAAAAGACCGAGUAUCGGCAGUACAUGAACCGUUUGGGCGGCUUCAACCGUGCUCUGAGUCCGACGCGGGAUUAG